AUGUCUUGCUGCGGUAGCAGCCGAGAUAUGCUCGUUCUACAGUACCCCGCACGAGACAACAUUCCUGUAUCCCCCUUGGGAAGCUCUAAUGCUACAUCAAUAUCGAAGCGUCCACGCGUUGACAAAGCGCACGUUGAAUGCGAAGAGUACGAGAAUCUUGCUUCUUCAAAUAGUCGAAGUGUCCGCGGAGCAUCUGGGGGCCAAACUACAGGGGCAUGGCCAGCGACGAAUACAAGUAUCGUCGAAUGUGUCCUCUCGAGCCAGCCUAUUCCUCAGUCCAAACCUCGAAGCUUCCAUCAAGCAUUCUUACUUCAGACUAGCUCUUGCAAGGACUACGGCCCCACUACCUACACAAUGCGCGCAUCUUCUAUCAUCACCGCUCUUCUUACCACCUUCACCGGCUCCGCUACCGCUUGCGCUUGCAAGAAAGUGUCCAAUGAAGGCCUAUACUGCGGCUACUGCACCGCAGUGACCAACUAUGGUGACGGAGGCGUCUUCAAUGUCUACUGGUGCAACAAGAAUGGUGGAUGUAAGGAUCUGGGCUACAGUAAGACUCGCUGUAAGGAAGACACGACGAUCUAUUGUGAUGGACGGGAUAAGUGGAAGCGCGAUGAGGAGGAUGAGGAUGCGGUGGAGGGUGUGGUGGAGGUGAAGUUCAAGGGCUGA